UUGUCUGAAAAGAAAGAAAUGGAACUAAUGGAAAAAUUCUUAGAAGUUGCAGAAAUUGAUCCUUAAAUAUAUGAAUUGAUAGUGUUUUUUCCCCCUUGUUAAGUAAUUAUUAAAUGGUUUGUAUAAUGAUAACAGGAAUGUAAUGUUGUGCUUUAUUUCACCCAAGUUCCUAAUUUUGCAUAACUUUAAUUGUAAUAGUGUGAGGUAAGUUAUCAAAAAGUUUUUUUCCUUCUUAACAUGUGAAUUUUUUUCUAUUGAAAAUCUAGGCAAUAAAGAAAAAGGUUAUUUAUUUUAUAUAUAUAUGUAAUGAUAUUUUAAUUCUAAUUUCAACUUAAUUAAUUUCCAAGAUUUUAUCUUAAUUUAGCCCAUAGUAACUUCAUUCUAAAAAUAUUCUUAUUUUGUGAUCUAAUUCCACUUUCGGUUUAAUUAAUCCCUUUGUAAAAAUAAUGCGCCAUCAGUACUACGUAUCAAAUGAAAGUGAUAUUCCAUUGCCCUUGUCAAAGGUCAACAUAUGUAUUCCAUCAGUAUGUGGUUUGGAAAUCCUAUGUUAUAUAAGACUAGUGAUCAUUUGUUUCAAUCUUUCUUACAUCUGCUUUUAGGCCGCACUGCAUCUGCUUGUAAAUAAAUUGCUUUUCCAAGAUGGAUAAAAAAGAGAGAAUAAAACGAAAUUAAAAAUACAAUGUCUCGUCUAUGUCUUCAAACCUGCACUCUGCUUCAACCAAAAUAAUGUUGCAUAUAUAUAUAUAAAUAUAAUAUAUCAUUUUAGGUAAUUUUGAAUUAUUGUUUACUUUCCCAUGCUUUUGCCACUAAUAGAAACUAGGAGAUAUUGUUAUUUUAUUAUAAACAGUACAUAAGUGCUCACUGUGUGUUUUAUCUUAUAUUACAUAUAUAUGUACAGAAAAAAAAAACAUAGGUUAUUUUUUUUAUUAUUAUUAUUUUUUAGCCAGAUUUGUGUGGCCACCCUCUUAUCCUUUAACUCAGAAGAUAAGGAGACUAGCUGUCAGGCUGUCGAAUUCAUUUGAGAGGGAAAAUGUACAAAUCAAACAAUAAAUUUUUGAAUAAUGAUCAAGUUAUAAUAAAUAUGAUUAUUUUGAUAUUUUCUUACUUAUCAAAAUAAACUUGUCUACUGUGCCUUAAUAUUUCAUUCUCGGUUAUCUUUUUAGAGCUAAAGAGUUUACAUAACUCUUCAUGUAACUAUUUUUUGUUAAAAUGUAAAUCUUUUAUUCCAUAUAUAGAAAGACCUUUUCUAUUGGAAAUCUACUAAUCCCGAAGAAAUUUUGUUAUAGAUGUUUUUGAUAGAUGGGUUCCAACUUAUAUGUGUGUGUGCAUGUAUGGAUAAAUAUGUUUAGAGAGAGGAGAGGAGUGUGUACAUGCGUUGUGUAUAUAUAUGUGCACACACAUACAUCUCGUAUACAUAAGGUAUAAUAAUCUUCCCUCCCUCAGUAUGUAAUUAUGUUCUCAUUGUAUAUGCACUGAAUAUUUGACAAUAUUUGGGAUAGAUGACAUCCAAAAAUUUGAUCUACCUUUAAACUCUCAUAAAUUUCUCCUACAACAUAUAGGGAUUAUAUUUAUUAAUAUUAUUAUUGUUAUUCUGUUUUGAUUCUUAUAUUAUCGUUUACCAAAAUUUUUUUAUCAGUUUCUUAGAAUAAUAGUGAAUCGUUUUUAUUAAAAUUAAUUUAUAUAGAUAAAAUGUUUUUAAUGCAGGAUUUUUUUUCUUUCAUUGUAUUUUGUUUCAGCACUUUCUUCCCAAAUUUUCUGUGGAAUUCAAAAAAGUGGAGGAUGCAGCCAUUCACCUGAAACUUUUACUUCAUACAGAUUAGAUAUGUCUUUAAAAGGAAAACAAUAUCGGUGUGAUUUCUGUGCAAAAAGUUUUAAUUAUAAAAGCAAGUACGAAGAACACAUGAGAGUUCAUACUGGUGAAAGGCCAUUUAAAUGCAUUCUUUGUCCCAAAUUAUUUAAGUGUAAAAAAUCAUUGAAAUAUCACACUAUGCAAUCUCAUCAAAUGUUUUGAAUAUUAAAGCAUUUUUUAAUAGAUAAACUAUUCACACUUGUAUUUGAAAUCAUGUAUUUUAAUAAGAAUUGUUUUAUAUAUAAAAGAUUUAUUUCAUACUUAUAAGUAUUUAUAUGAUAAUUGUGAAUAAUGGGUGUGAUGAGGAAUCAUAAAAAUGACAAAUCAGGUUAUAAAUUGAGACAGUCAAGCAUCAAAGUUUUCCAAUUGGCUGCAUCUCAAAAAUAUUUUCACUUCCCACCUUCAAAUAGAUAUAUAUACAGUAAAUUCGCUAAAUGAGCUCAAUUUGUUCCUGAUUCUUACUCAUAAUGCAAUUCAUAAUCGUUAAGUGAAACUUAUUUUUUUUUUUUAUUUUUUUAGAAAUCCAUGUAAAAUAAAAAUAAUGCAUUUCAUCUCCCCCCCCCCAAAAAAAAACAACAACUCACAUUUAUGAUUAUAAAAGUUUAUUUAUAAUGCAAGCUUUUUUUUUUUUUUCCUAACUAGAAAAUUGUUUGAAGACAUUUUUAUUUUUCUACACUUCAUGAUUUGCUAAGAAUCAGAUACAGCAUUAUUCUUAAAUGAAUUCAUAACAUACACAUAGCUACUGCUUUGUUAAGGUGAUGUUUCUCAAGGUUCAGUGCAAUAAUUUAUCAUGCUUUCAACAUCCCUUAUUUUAUGGGAUGGUUGUUGCUCUCUUGAGUUUUAAUUUUUCCCCUUUGAUCAAACUCCUGUGCCUUGAUGCAGAAUGCAGAUCCAUAAGCUCUUAAUUCUGCCUAUGUUCUUCCACCAGCUUAUUGAUGUUGUUGCUAGUCACCCAUAGCCCUUUAAUGUGGCCCGAGACAAAAUCUCAUUGAUUAAGGCUCCCCAGGCACUUCUCAAACUCCUCGGAAUCAUAUUUGACAACAUUGUCUGACAAAAACUUCCAUGUUGCUAUGUUUCCUCACUAUUCAUUUUGUGAAACAUCUCUCAUUAAAUGAAUCACUAUUUUUUACAUUUGUUUUUCUCUUUAUGUGAAUGACUGCUUUAUAAAUAAGAUUUUUUUAAAGCCUUUUUUAAAUUAAAUCUGUAUAUGUGUGUGUGAACAUAACUCAAAAAUACAAUCUGAAUGAAUAGAAAUUGCUUGUUUUGCUAAUUGUAUUUCAGAUUUUAAUUAAGGGCAAUAGGUUUCGGCCAUUCGAAUGCUUGUCUUUUUGUGUGUUUCUGAAUAGGAUUUGUAAAAUUUUGAAUUCAAUUUGGCAGACUAAAUAGAUGAGAUCUUUCUUAUAAAUAUUGCCCAUUGUUGUUGUUGAUCUACAUCAAAUUUUGGGUCAGAUUUGUCAGCAAGAAUAAACACUUUACCUAAAUAUGUAUUCUACUUUUUUUACUGCACUAAAAAGUUUUGAAAAUAAGCAUCAAAUAAUAUUUGAGAAAAUUUAAGCACUCUUUAUUCUUUUAUUUCCUGAACACUUGAUUGGGAUUUAAAUGAACUUUUAAACAUUAUUUCUUACACAAGGGCUAUAAAUUACAGUAAAACUUGAUUGGAUAUACUUUUUUUUAAAGUAAUGUUUCUUAAUGUCAUGUUUCGUUUUUUUCGUAUUUCAUUUUCUUCAAAAUAUCUUUUUAUUUCGUAUUGCCAUUUUUUUUAAAAAUCCAAAUUCACCACAAAGAUUAUUACCGGGCACUUUCUCUGUUUAUUUCUAGCCAGUUUUAUAGCAUUUCUGUCUAAAAAUUGAAAUUUUGCAUAUUUAAAUUUUUCUUUUUUAGUUACUUUGGAUUAUGAGUUGUUGAAUGAAUUCCAGCAUCAGAGAAAAGGGCAUUUUCUGGAGGAAAAGAGCACUUCUGAGGAGAGUAAUUUAAUUAUAAGUCGAGCUCUUUCUAGCCAUUACAAAUGUACAUUUUGCACUAAAAUGUUUUUUAAGAAAAGCAAUUGGGAAGCUCAUAUAAGGAAGCAUACUGGAGAAAAGCCUUUUAAAUGUGAUGUUUGUUUUAAAAGCUACAAAAGUAAUCAAGCCUUGAAAUAUCACAAAAUUUGUGCACGCCAUAAUUGUGAAUUUUUGUCUCCUGCUGAUGUUUUAAGAGUAGAAUUGGAAGAAUCAUUGAAAGCUUUAACCGCAAUCGAGAGUUUUGCCCUUCCAAGAAGCCUAGAAGAUGUGAAUUAUCAGGUUUCAGAUAUUCAACAUAGAAGGAAGACUCCUGCCAAACGACAUAAAUGUGACAUUUGUUUUAAGUGUUUUUACUUCAGAAAUGACCUGGUGCGUCACUUAAGAGUUCAUACUGGAGAGAAGCCAUUUUACUUUUUAUUUGUUUUAUUAGCUAUUACUAAUCCUCAGAUGCGUAUGAAUGCAUGGGAACCUGCAACAAGGGUAUCAAGACAAGAAAGAGGAAGGACAUUGUCUAUUCAGAAAUUUCAGUGUUCAUUUUGUCCAAAAUAUUUUCAUACAAGAACAGAAUUAAAGCGUCACCUUAGAGUGCAUACAGGUGAAAAACCAUAUGCUUGUGAAGUGUGCUCAAGACGUUUCAAGAGUAAUCAAGCUUUGAAGUAUCACAGAAUACAAGCUCAUCAUCCUUAUUACUUUAUAGCUGCUCUUGUUUAUGGCAGUCUUCAGUCAAAAACUCAAAGUGCUGUCAUCAGUUACAUAUCGAAUACAGUAAUUAGAAAGGACUCUCAUCAUUGGUGUGAUAUAUGUAACAAAGCGUUUAAUCGAAAGGAUAACCUAGAACGACAUUUAAGAGUGCAUACUGGAGAGAAACCAUAUAAGUGUACUUUUUGCUCUCGGCGGUUUACAAUAAUAUUUCAUGAUGCAGCUUCUCCAUUCAAAGAGCAGAAAAAAAGAAAUACCAAUACAUCUGCAAAAGCUGAAGCCCUUGCCAUGCAUGAUGCACCCGCUUCAUUUCCAUGUGAAUUCUGCGGUAGAAAAUUUGCCCUGAAAACUAAUUUAAAACGUCAUAUACGAGUUCACACUGGAGAAAAACCUUUCAAAUGUGAUAGUUGCUUUCGGCUAUUUUCAAGUAAUCAGUCUCUGAAAUAUCAUCGAAUUCAAACCCAUUUCAAGUCAUCAUAUGAUGACAAUGGAGAGAACGGACUGAAUUGGUUUGCCCAGAGUCCAGACUUGAAUCCUACAGACAACCUCUGGGGUCAUCAUGUAAUAUUUGGCCCUUUGACAGCAUCAAUCCAAAGAAAAAGUUUAUUUGCAGUAAAGAAAUGUCAGUACUGUGGUCGAGAAUUUAAUCAAAAAGGCCAUCUUGUGCAGCAUCUCCGAAUCCAUACUGGAGAGAAACCUUUUAAAUGCAUUCAAUGUGGCAAAUGUUUUAAACGAAAUGAAUCAUUGAAAUAUCAUGUUAUAACAAAUCAUAUAUCUGCUUAUUUUUCUAUUAUGGAAAUAACUCAACCUCAUUCCCGCCUCAAAUUGUGUCAGUCCAGCCUUCCUGAUGGAGCAGCAGAUGAUCACAGGAAGCCAGAUUAUACAUGCCAAUAUUGUCUAAAGGUUUUCGCCACUCCAAGUCAGCAUGUAGUUUUUGACAGUUUUGUGGCACCAUCAAUUUCAAGCCAAAGAAACAUUCAAACAAGGAAAAGUUCAUUUUCAUUUCACAAAUGCCAAUAUUGUGGUCGUAAAUUUAAUCAAAAAGGUCAUCUUGUGCAACACCUCCGAAGUCACACUGGAGAAAAACCUUUUAAAUUAUCUGCAUCUUUUUCUAUUAUGGAAAUAACUCAGCCUCAUUCUGGUCUCAAUUUGUAUCAAUCCAGCCUUCCUGAUGGAGCAACAGAUGAUCGUAGGAAACCAGAUUAUACAUGUCAAUACUGUGCAAAAGUUUUCACUGCUCCAAGUAAAUUAUUGCGCCAUGUCCGAGUUCAUACUGGUGAAAAACCCUUCCAAUGUGAAGUUUGUUCCAGAAGCUUCAAUCAGAAAGAAUCUUUAAAAAUUCACAAAGCUACUCAGCAUAAUAUUUUUAUAUCGUAUAAAAAAUCUGUCUUUUUUUUAGAUAAAACAUCAUUCAGUAUGCUUCAAAUUGUGCAACAGCAGUGUAUAGAACAAGUAACUGCUGUAUCGACUAAAAGUGCUCUCCAGAAGAUAAAUGUCCAUCAAUGUCAGUUUUGUAAAAAGACAUUUGGUUAUAAAAGUCUCUUGCAACGUCAUCUUCGAAUGCACACUGGAGAAAAGCCAUUUCAAUGUGAAAUUUGCUUGCGGAGUUUCACUCAGAAAGAAAAUUUAAAAUAUCAUAAAGCACAGUGUCAUAAUAUCUAUUAAACCACAUGGUUAUACUCACAUAUUUAAAUAAUGUGUCUCAUUUUGAUGUACUAUCAUAUAUUUUGAUUAUUUAAUUUGAUAUUUUUUGUAUGCAUUUGUAGAUAAAAUGUUUUUACUGGAAUUCAAUCUACAAUUUACUUCAUGGUUUUUACUAGCCAUUAUAUUUACUAGAUUAAAUGACAUGUUGCAUCUUAUAUAGAAGUAUUCUUUCCCUGUGUGUGUGUGUCAGAGAGAGGGAGAUUCAAAAUCAGUGGGAAAACCUCCACCAAAUUUGUUCACAUACUUUCUAAUAAAGUUGUAGUUCCCCCCUUCACGCCACAUAAAAUUUAAUUUUGAGCAAAGACCUUGCAUGGCAUUGACAAACAAUAGUACAAAAUAUUGAUAUUUGGCAUGAAUUUAGUAUUUUUACAGGAUCUCUCAAGAGAUCCUUGCCAUAUGGUUAAUUAUAUCAGAAAAUUUAAUUAGUGUUUUAGACACUUUUUUUUCCCUUAUCAAUUGAAACCAAAAUUUGACACAGGACUACAACUGCAAUCGCAAAAUCUCAUACCAAAUUUAUUAUAUUUAAGUCAUUGUCUUUUUGAGUUACUUCAUUUGUGAAGAUAAGAGACAGACAAAAAUCAAUUUCUUGAGGGAUUUGAUUUCAAAUUUGAUAGCCAUUCAUACUUACGAUUAAUUAUUAAAUCUGUUUUAUCUAUACUUUUUUUUAUUUAAAAUUUAUCCAUUUAAGUCUCUUUAUUUUGAAGUUUCGUUUUAUUUUAUAUUCAGACAGACAAACUUCCUCUGAAUUGAUUUUGCUCAAAAUUUCAUAUAGAAAUUUACUAAUGUAGUGUAACGACUGUAUACCAAAUUUCAACUACUUAGCUCAAAACGUUUUUGUGCUAUCAUUGCCACAAAUAGACUAAUAUAAUGCAAACAAAAUGCACUGUGUGUGUGUUGAUAAUUACACUACUUUUUUUUUAUUUCGUAUAUGAAAAAAAAAAAGCAUAAUUGCCUGUAUACUCAAUGAAAAAUUAUAUCUUUCUAUGAAAUUAAACUGGUACUUUCAAAUGAUUUCUUUUUAUAAUGCUUUCAAAGUAAUAUUGGAACUUUGAA